CUCUCCCGGGUGGGCGCAGUAGUUGUCGUUAAGACGUGUUUUAGAUGCUACAGUGCGCCGCUUGCAUUUGUUCAUCGCCAUCAUCGAACUGCACUUGAACGCAUCCUGGCGGGUGCAUCCGUUCCGUCCGAGGCAAGGCAGCACACUGUGGUUACUCCGUAAACCCGUGGGGUUCCGAGAAAAGUAAUGAACAAGCGACUGUUGAUCAAUCUGAGAGCACUGUGCUACGCGCUUCAGCUGGUGACCUUGCUGGUGUCAUUUUCGGAAGUUGGAGUCGAGAGUAAUGUUCUGAGACAAUCUCGCGACGAUCAGGAUAUCGACUGUGACGAAAUGGCACGCUACUAUAAGGAGCUGGCCGCGUACUUCCAGAAGCAGUGCGACUCGAAAUGUCCCGAGAAGGUCAAGCAUGCAGUUGACUGGUUCGAGAGGGCCCAUGCGAAGCUGGCCAAUGAUUGUUACUAUGAUAUUUAUGACGGAGAGAACUGGUAGUGGGGCGAUUCCGAUCGAUUGAUUCAUCUGAUAAAUUGUGAUGUCUGAUAGUAAAAAGAAAAAGAUGGAGAUCCCAAGUGUAAAGUUAAAAAAAAUUAUACCGAAACUCUAAAUUUUCACGUAUCGAAAUUUGAUGAUGGAGGUAAAACUGCAGAAGCACAAUACGAUUUGUGCUUCAGGUAUGAAGAGGAUGCCAUUUCGAUCAUUCUGAUCAUGGUUUCUGUCCAUUCCAACAAACGUUACUUUUGCGAAAGCUUAAUGCACUCAAAGUAUUUACGGAUGGUUUGAUCAACCAUAACUCCACAGUUCCACCGAAAUUCUCCGAAAAAUACCACUCCGAAAUCGAC